AUGCAGUUGAAUAAUAAUGUGACUGAGUUCAUUCUGAUUGGGUUGACACAGGAUCCUUUUUGGAAGAAAGCAGUGUUUGUCACUUUCUUGCUUAUCUAUCUGGGGACGUUGCUGGGUAACUUGCUGAUUAUUGCUACCAUCAAGACCAGCCGGGCACUUGAGAGCCCAAUGUUCUUCUUCCUGUUCUACUUAUCCUUAUCUGAUACCUGCCUUUCUACUUCCACAGCCCCUAGAAUGAUUGUGGAUGCCCUUUCAAAGAAAGCCAUUAUUUCUUUUAGAGAGUGCAUGAUUCAAGUCUUUACAACCCAUUUCUUUGGCUGCUUGGAGAUCUUCAUACUCAUCCUCAUGGCAGUUGACCGCUACGUGGCCAUCUGUAAGCCCCUGCACUACUUGACCAUCAUGAACCACCGGGUCUGUGGUGUGUUGGUGGCCGUGGCCUGGGUGGGGUCUUGUGUACAUUCUUCAGCUCAGAUUUUUCUUGCCUUGAGUUUGCCAUUCUGUGGUCCCAAUGUGAUCGAUCACUAUUUCUGUGACUUGCAGCCCUUGUUGAAACUUGCUUGUUCAGACACCUACAUGGUCAACCUACUCCUGGUUUCCAACAGUGGGGCCAUCUGUACGGUGAGUUUUGUCAUGCUGAUGUUCUCCUAUGUUAUUAUCCUGCGUUCCCUGAGAAACCACAGUGCUGAAGGGAGGAAGAAAGCCCUCUCCACCUGCAUCUCCCACAUCAUCGUGGUCAUCUUGUUCUUUGGACCUUGCAUAUUUAUAUACACACGACCUGCAACAACCUUCCCCAUGGAUAAGUCGAUAGCUGUGUUUUAUACACUUGGAACUCCUUUGCUCAACCCUGUAAUUUACACACUGAGGAACGCAGAAGUGAAAAAUGCCAUGAGGAAGUUGUGGAGCAAGAAAUUGAUCUCAGAUGACAGAAGAUGA